AACAUGGCGAAUUCAAGUUCUCCGCAUGCGGCUCCUCAGAUGACCUCGGCUCACCAGGCUGAGAUCCUGGAAAAUCCACUCCGGGUGUGACCCAACCCGCAUCCAGAACUUUGUGAGGUGUCGUAUAUCAUGGGAGAGUUAAGAUGGUCCCCACGGUGACACAAGUCCCGGGUUAGUGUGGAUUCAGGUCCCCACCAUGAUAUAAGAACAAGUACACUAUAGUGCCCCUGAACAGAGCACCAAUGGAACAAUGCUCUCUGUGGUUGUCAUGGAAGUGACAAAUAUGACAGCUGGAGACCUAUCUCCUGGGAAUCAUCAUCUCUAUAUGUGGGAAUGUCCUCAUCAGCAUUUCACUCAACAUACAGAAAUAUGCCCAUGUCCGUCAGUCUCAGCGUGGCUCCAAACCCUACUACACCUCCCGGAUGUGGUGGUGCGGUGUGGUUCUCAUGGGCAUUGGGGAACUGGGGAACUUUGCUGCCUAUGGCUUUGCCCCAGCAUCGCUCAUAGCCCCGCUGGGCUGUGUGUCUGUCAUAGCCAGUGCUGUCAUAUCUGUGGUUUUCCUCAAGGAGACAGUCCGGGCCUCUGACAUUGUUGGUGGCAGCCUUGCAAUAACAGGAACGUAUCUCCUGGUGACCUUUGCCCCCCACACUUCCACACACAUCACAGCCCAUCUGGUCCAGUACUAUGCCAUCAGCUGGCACUUCCUGCUUUACCUUUUUAUAGAGGUCGUCGUCUUUUGCAUCCUGCUCUAUCUGUACAAGAGGAGGAAUGCGAAGCACAUUGUCAUUGUGAUGUUGCUGGUGGCCCUGCUCGCCUCUCUGACAGUCAUCUCUGUCAAAGCUGUGUCAGGGAUGAUCACAGAGUCGAUAAAAGGCCAGCUGCAGCUCAUCUACCCCAUCUUCUACGUAAUGCUUGUCGUCAUGGUUGCCUCGUGCGCCUUCCAGAUCAAAUUUCUCAAUCAGGCAAUGAAAAUGUUUGAUGCCACAGAGGUGGUUCCUAUUAACUUUGUGUUUUUCACCGCAAGUGCCAUUGUUGCAGGGAUAGUAUUUUACCAGGAAUUUGAAGGCUUGGCUCUACUGAAUAUUUUUAUGUUCCUGUUUGGUUGUUUUCUGUCUUUCCUUGGGGUUUUCCUGAUAGCCCGAAACAGGCCAAAGAUAAAGCAACAAGAUCGCAAUUUUAUCGCAAUGGACAGAAUCCCCGGGAGAAGGCACAUAGACAAAGUGCAGCCUGAGGCAAAGACUCCAACAUACGGAUCGCUGGCAGCCAAACUUAUGUGCAACAGAGCUGGGCAAACUGACGAUUCAUAGGACCAGCUCCAUCUGUUGGGACUGUAAUUUUGGUAUAUAUUAAUUGUCUGCAUUCCUCUUCCUGGGUACUUCAAUAGUACCUCUAUUUAUAGAAAUAAAUGGUGGGCAGCAAUUUAAACCAGUGCCAGCCAAGCGCCAGUAUUGGUGGCCAUAUUGGUGGUAAAUUUUAUGCCAAAAAUGGCGAGUACCCCCUUUCAAAAGAGCUCUAUUUAUCCUAGAGAAUUUUCUGGUUCUCUUGUCUUAACGGUAUUUCCAGUAGAGUAAUCAGUAAUACCUGAGAUGAAAGGCUGACUCUAAAUGAGUUAAAACUCCUCUGGAUCAAAGAGCAACGUCAGAUGCCUUAUUAGCAGCAACUUUUAAUUUAAAAAAAAAAAAAAAAAAAAAAGGCGUCUAGGAGGCCACUGUGACAAGAUAUCUUAGAGUAAAACAUGAAUUAUGUUAUUCAACUGAAUAAAUUGCUCUGUGUGUGAACACUUGUCAAUAAACAAAGGCAAAAUCUGA